GCCUUCCUCUUUCCCCACCUCGGGGGAUGGAGUCGCCCGCUCCUCCCUCGCUGUUUACGGCUCUCAGCGCUGCGCCUUGGACCACCGGAGUGCCGCGCCGUCUAUUGUCACAGCCCAUAGCUGGCUCCCAGUCGUUGUUGACGAAGGACGAGCCGAUGGGAUGAGAGAGGUUUAGUUCAUUGAUUCACGCACCAGACUGCGUGCCAGCCAAGCCUGAGACCAGAGGCUGAACUGCUUUUUAGUGUCACCGUAAAUAGCACCUUGUGGUCUGAUGGCUCUCAACCUGUGGGUCGCGACCCCCUUAAACCCAUCGGAAAAGAGAUAAUAUUUACAUUACGAUCCAUAACAGUAGCAAAAUACAGUUAAAACCCCUGGUGUAGUGUACCAACGGAAACCGUAAUUGCAAAGCCUGGUAGUGCAGACCUAUAAUCCUAGCCAUCCCGGAUGCUGAGGCAGGAGGAUUGCAAAGUAAAACCCUGUGCGGGAAAGUUCAAGAACGGGAGUACCUGACAGGCUUCCACAAGCGGAAGGUAGAGCGCAAGAAGGCAGCCAUUGAAGAGAUAAAGCAGCGGCUUAAGCAAGAGCAGAAGAAACUUCGGGAAGAGCGCCACCAGGAGUACCUGAAGAUGCUGGCAGAAAGAGAGGAAGCACUGGAGGAGGCAGAUGAGCUGGAGCGGCUAGUGACAGCGAAGACAGAGUCGGUGCAGUAUGACCACCCCAAUCACACAGUCACUGUGACCACCAUCAGUGACCUGGACCUCUCAGGGGCCCGGCUGCUAGGUCUGCCCCUGCCUGAGGUAGGUCCCAGGACAGACCUGGGGAAGCAAGGUUUGGGGCAAGGGGACCAGGAUGGGUCCCAGGAAGAGGAGAUGUCAUCCCUGGAAAAGCCAACAAAAGCCUUGCCCAGGAAGUCCAAAGAUCCCCUGCUCUCUCAGCGCAUCUCCUCCCUCACAGCUACACUGCACGCACACAGUCGGAAGAAGGUCAAGAGGAAACACCCUCGGCGGGCACAGGACUCCACCAAGAAACCUCCAAGUGCCACACGUACCAGCAAGACCCAGCGCCGCCGUCGGAUGACUGGAAAAGCCAGGCACAACGGGGAGUGAGCCCUCAAACCUGGGGGUCCCAGCUUGAGUCCUUGGCUGUCCCUGUAACCCAGCUACACCGAGGGUUACCUGCAGCCUAAGCCUGAAAAUCAGGACUUUGCCAUCCAGGGUCAUCCUUGCUUUGAACCCAGAAGGAACGGACUUCUGAGAGCCCGGGUUCCCGGAGCCUGCAGAACCGUGCUGGGGCUCGUUCACAAGUGUACAUCCACCUGGGACUGAAGAGAAGUGUGAAACUCCUCCAGUCUGUGCUUGUGCUUUGUCCUGGCUUGGAUCCCAUGCACCAAAGGCUGACCUCUGGGGUGGUGAGAAUGGUCAGGGGUCCAUCUACCUCCAGGUUUUCCUGAAGGUAUUACAAGGUCAUAUCAUAUCUGGGCCCGCUCAUCCUAGCUGAAGACCAGAAUGUAGAAUCCAGAGCUGUGGCCAGCUUUGGUGGUAUAUGGUAAAACCACACCAAAGAGGCUGAGACAGGAGACUCAAUUCAAGGUCAUCCGUCUUCAGCUACAUAGGGAGUUUCAGGCUGGUGGGCUGUCAGGAGAUAGCUGAAGACUUGAGUGCCAGCAUCAGAAGGCCACACUCAGGGACGGAAAGCUUAUCUCCGGGCCUUUCCUGGGAGCUGGCUUGGCCUGACCUCAGCCCUUCUCCCCAUUCCCUGCCCUCUGCUCCAAGAGCAGUGACUACCUGAUACCUGUCUGAGAUGGGCCUGCCUCUCCUGGAGGUUCUAGUGUUCAACCCAGUGAAGGGGACCUGGGCCUCACUGUCUAGACCACUGAUCAGGACAGUAAGCCAGGAAAUAGAGGGAUUUGGUACCCAUGUGAGCCUCAAGCAGUGCUGUUCUACUGGGUGUUUCCCUUUAUGAAUCUCCAGGGCUACCCUGAGGCUGGAGUGGGUAUUACAGGAUGCUCUGCACAACACUAGGCUCACACACCUCACCGCUCACAGCAUGUCCCUGUCCCCUCAGUGGAGAUUUCUGCCUCUGGAGACAUGAAGUCAUUUCCAGUGUACACAAGAGGACACAGGAGACCCUCCAUACACACAUACAUAGGAGACCACAAACACACCCUACACACUGUUUCUCUAAUCACGAACUCCUUCCCUGUCUCCCCAGCUGCCCAGAGUCGCAUCUGUUUGGACUUCAGGAGCAGCAGCGAGGGGAGCUGCCAUGGUGGCACACACUAGUCCUAGCACUUAGAAGCCUGGGGGGUGUGGGGGAGGGUAUGGGGGACUUUUGGGAUAGCAUUGGAAAUGUAAUUGAGGAAAAGACAUAAUAAAAAAAAUAGAGCCUA